AUGGCCUCCGCUGCAGUCCAGCUCCCCACCCCGACCGGAGACACACCCUCCGUCCUCCCCACCCAGCAACCCCCGGCCUCUUCUUCCAAGCCUCACCACGUCCAGACGACACUCAACUUCAUCAAAGAACUGCCCGAUGGCUCGCAUCUGGCGCCAGCCUACGUGGGCGUGCCCUCAUCCUACGACCGCCCCCUAACCGCCCUGCCGGUCACCAUCAACGAUGUCAGCGGCCACGAGCUGGACUACACGCUGGACGGGAAUGGCUUCCAGUUCUACUAUCAUACCAGCCAGGAGAAGGACUUUGAGGACGACGAGAAGAUCAAGCGCGAGUAUUAUCCGGAGAUUGAGCAGUUGUUGAAGGAUGCAACCAACGCCACUCGCGUCCACAUCUUCGACCACACCAUCCGUCGCCCCGCCACAACCUCGACUCCCGAAUCCCAAAUCCGCGGCCCAGUCCAACGCGUGCACAUCGACCAAUCCUACGCCGCCAGCAAAGCCCGAGUCACCCACCACCUCCCCUCCGACGCCCCCCGCCUCCUGAAGGGCCGAUACCAGAUCAUCAACGUCUGGCGACCCAUCAAAACCAUCCACAAGGACCCCUUAGCCGUCGCCGACGCGCACUCCGUCCCGGACAGCGACCUCCUGCCCACGAAGCUGAUCUACCCGGACCGGGAAGGGGAGACAUGCUCGGUCAAGGCGAACCCCGACGUGAAGUGGUAUUAUCGUCACAAGCAGAGCCCGGAUCUGGUGACGCUGAUCAAGUGUUUUGAUUCGAAGACGGACGGGCGCGCGAGACGCGUGCCGCAUUCGGCGUUUGUGGUGCCUGGGACGGAGGGUGAGCCUGGGAGGGAGAGUAUUGAGGUGCGGACGUUGGUGUUUCAUGAGGAUGAUACUGAGUAGGUAGGCUUUCGUUGUUUAAGAGAGGGGGGGUCGAUGGAUUUGGGGAAGGAAGACUACGGAGGAAAAAGAAGACCCUGUUCUGGUCCCCAGGAAGGGUCGAUGGGCUGGUAGGCAGGUAGAGUUAGGGCUACGGGACUGGCAGG